AUGGCCGAGGGAGGGGAUUCUGUCAGCGGUGAUCAGAAACAAAAAAACUACAAUGCUGUACUUGAGCCGCUGUCAUUCUCAGAAUGUGCAUCAUCAUCGUCAUGCAUACCAGAGAACAGCACAACAGCGUGUCUAGUGUGCAAUCAUCCAUACGAUAUGGUCAAAGAGAAAGAUAUAUUUCUAAAGCACUUGGCAGUUGAUCAUAAACUGAUUAUCGGAGAUGUUAAUCUCAUCUGUGAUUUGAAAAGUUAUGUUGAGUAUUGGUGGAAGCGAUUUCGGGAGAAGCCAAUUACAGAAUUUUGUUAUGUUUUGAUAACGAAUAGCAGGCCCAUUGAUAAAGGUCCAAAAGAGAAUUAUUAUUUUUUAAGCCCCAAGUUACCAGAAGACAAUGAAUUGAGAGAGAAUUUACAGAGGAAGCGAUUGAACUGGAUUUUAGAAUCACAACAGAAGGAAAGAAUUGAUCAAUCCUUUUCCAGAGGAUGCUUUUUUUGUCGACAGCAUUUUGAUGGAAAUAGAGCAGAGUUUUUAAAUCACAUGGCCAGAGAUCACGGGUUCAGUAUUGGUAAACCGGAUAAUGUGGUGUUUGUGAAUGAAUUUUUAGACAUCUUAGAAGAAAAAAUGGACAGUUUUCAGUGCUUGUUCUGUGAGAAGACAUUUAAAGACAGGUCAGUUCUGAAGGAUCACAUGAGAAAGAAACAACACAAAAGAAUAAAUCCCAAGAACACAAUGUAUGAUAAAUAUUACAUUAUAAAUUAUUUAGAAUUGGGUAAAAAUUGGGAAGAAGUUCAAGCGGAGGAUGAUACAGAUCUUCCAGCUCCUGCUACUCAGUCUGAUAAUGAUGAUCAUUGGGAAGACUGGGAGGAGAAGAGUGGAGCCUCGGCAUUCUGUUUAUUUUGCGAUUACAGCUCAACUGACAUUGAUAAAUUACUGGGUCACAUGAGUGAGUCACAUGACUUUGAUUUGACUCAGAUUAAAGAAGAGCAAGGUCUGAAUUUCUACCAGCAGGUGAAGCUGCUGAACUAUAUACGACGUCAAGUACAUCAAAACGUUUGUCUAUCUUGCCAGCGUAAAUUUGACGAUAAAGCCACUAUGGUGGAACAUCUGAAAAAGGAGAAUCAUGUUAAACAACUACCACCAGCGGAUACAUGGGACCAGCCGCAGUAUUACUUCCCGACUUAUGAAAAUGAUGCAUUGCUUUGCCUGUUAACUGAUGAGGAUACCGAGUUAUCUGGUCAAGUUGUUGUACCAGAAGAUGCUCCACACAUUGAUAGUAGUAUACUACAACAACUUGAUGUGAAAACACUACUGAAGUAG